UGUCUACUGUGAACCCUUCAAUUGAAGUUUAUUUGAUAAAUCAUAGUUAAAACACGAUAUAAUAACACAUUGUGCGAACCAGUCUCUUUCAACCCAUUCACACAUGCAAGAUAUUGAGGACUUUUGCAGUACUGUAGUCUAAAAGUUCAGUGUUUGGUUGGGGAUGGAAACUGAGUUAAUCUAAUGCAUUUAUCGUGGGGUGUGUGCAUUCAAAUUCUACUUUUUACUCCCUACAGAUGACUCGAUGGAGAAAAACACAUGCCUGCAGUGUGGGAGAUGUUUUAUGGAGAUUUCAGAACUCCUUAACCAUCAGCGAUGCCACUCGGAAGGCAAGCCGUAUAAAUGUGUGGACUGUCGAAAAUAUUUUCCUGAGCUUUCUGAACUUCUGAGCCACCAAAGGGUCCACGCGGUCGAGAGGCCUCACAAAUGCUCCGAAUGUGGGAAAGGUUUUACUAAAAAGUCCUCCCUGGUGUGUCAUCGCAGAAUCCAUACGGGAGAAAAACCUUUUAAGUGUUUGGAAUGCGCAAACUGUUUUGCGCAAAGGUGGCUCCUUGUGGCCCAUCAGAGAAUCCACACGGGAGAGUUUCCUUAUCAGUGUUCAGUGUGUGGGAAACGCUUCCCUGACAAAACAACCCUGAUUGGUCAUCGAAGAAUUCACACAGGAGAGAAGCCUUUCAAAUGCUCCGAAUGUGGCAAAGCUUUUGCUUUAAAUUCGGUCCUUAUAACCCAUCUGCGGGUCCAUACUGGGGAGAAACCAUAUAAGUGUGCAGAGUGCGGGAAGUGUUUCACUCAGAAAGGAAACCUUGUUGGACACCAGAGAAUCCACACAGGAGUGAAGCCCCAUAAGUGUUUGGUCUGUGGGAUGUGCUACCCUCACAACUCCCAGCUUCUCCAACAUCAGCGGGUCCACACAGGAGAAGAACCUUUCAAGUGUAUGGAAUGCGGCAAAUGUUAUGCCCGGAAAGAAAGUCUCAUCAUCCACAAGAGACUCCACACAGGGGAGAAGCCGUAUCGGUGCCUGGAGUGCGGGAUGUGUUUUGCUGGCCGGGCGUCCUUUGUUUACCAUAAACGUGGCCACACGGGGGAGAAGCCUUUUAAAUGCUUGGAAUGUGGGAAAUGUUUUAUCGACAAAUCAUGCCUGGUUUACCAUCAGCGAGCUCACACUGGGGAGAAGCCCUACCAGUGCCAGGAAUGCAGGAAAAGUUUUGCGGCAAAAGCAUCUCUCGUUUGCCAUCAGAGGAUUCACACAGGAGAGAAACCGUACACGUGCGUGGAGUGUCGGAAAUCUUUUUCUCUCAGGUCAUCCCUGGUUUCUCAUCAGCGAAUCCACACAGGAGACAAACCUUACAAAUGCUCAGAGUGUGGGAAGUGUUAUGGGGACCGAUCCUCUUUCAUCUACCACCGGGGGACCCACAAGAGGGCAAAGCCUUAUAAAUGCCUGGAAUGUGGAGCAAGUUUUGUUCCUCAGCCAUUCUUUGGGAACAGUCAGAAAGUUCAUGCCGAACAGAAACUUAUCCAUCACGAAACGUGCUCUCUGUACAUUAAAUAGGGUUAGGUAUUCAACUAAUCAAAAACUUUGUGAUCAGUUUGGCCCAUCAGUAUCACAGGUUUAUUUUUUUAAAGGAUGAUUUUGUUAGAAUAGCUUGGACAAUCCUCUGAUCAUCAAGCGAACUGAGUCUUUGCUAAUUUAUUUUUGCAACUUGGAGUUGUCAGACUUUUAAAUAGCAACAAAAUGUCUGUGUGGCCCCUUAAAGACUAACAAAUGUAUAUUGUAUAAGCUUUCAGUGUCUUCUAUUAAAAAU